AUGGCGAGUCUGAUGACCAAAGGAUGGACACCGGACGAGCCAAAUCAGGCGUGUGGUGCGCUAGAGAUAGUAAGGAGAGGCGCGGAGACCCACCUGUGUUUUGGGAGAGCAAUAACUGCGUCACUACAGGAGAAGGGGAUAGAGACGGCAGAUGAUUGGAGCGACUUCUUGAGAGUGGUAGAGCGAGACGGAGAGCUGCUGGCAGAAAUUUGCAGCAUGCUGAACACUGAUGUAUUGCAGGUGCGAGAUAUCGUCGGAGAGAUCCAGGAGCUGCAGGACAGGCAAGCAAAGGAAAUGAAGAGAAAUUCAAGGGAUGCGUCAGAUGACGAAAUGGAUGAUGACACCACGAGCGUCAGGUCGGAGUCGCGUGGCAGCGCAGAUUGGGGAAGCCUCCGAGCAGCACUUGAGGCCUCGUUUGGAUCGCUG